AUGUGGAAUCGGAAGUUUUCAGGGUUGGAGGUGACUCUGACAGUCCUAUUCCUGCUGGUGACAACAGUGGCUGUUGCUUUAGUUGCUCUAAUGGCUACUGGGGAACCUGCAGUCAUCAAAGACGGUGAGAACACACAGACCACAGACACCGUGGUUCCAGAAUGUCCCGUUAUUCCCCUGGGGGAGAGAGUCGACUGUUUCCCUGACGCCGGUGCAUCUAAGCUGGGGUGUCUGCAGAGAGGCUGUUGUUGGAGUCCAUUGGACGAGAGAAACGCUCCAUGGUGCUUCUUCUCCACCAAUCACGGCUACUCUGUGGUGCGCGUUGUGCUUGUGAUUGGAGGCUUGUCGGCCCUUCUGAAAAGGAAGGUUGCCCCCUCUCUGUUUGGUGAAGACAUAGAGGAGCUGGCUUUCCAUGUUGACAUGCAGACAGUGAACCGACUGAGAUUCAAGAUCUCAGAUGCCCAUAAGCAGCGAUUUGAGGUUCCCCAUGAGCACAUCAAGCCCCCUGCCACCCAUCCCUCUGGUCCUCUUAACUACGAGGUACAGCUCACACACAACCCCUUCGGCUUCCAAGUACGCAGGGCAGCCACCAAGAAAGUCCUGUUUGACACCACAAUGGGUCCGCUGGUGUUUGCUGAUCAGUACCUGCAGCUGUCUGCCAGACUGCCAUCCCAUAAUAUAUACGGUCUGGGAGAACACGUCCAUCAGAACUAUCGUCAUGACACCAACUGGAGAACGUGGCCAAUCUUCACACGAGAUUCAUUCCCUAAUGGAGGGACACAUAACCUCUAUGGUCAUUAUCCCUACUUCCUUUGUCUGGAGGACGAGAGUGGCAAGUCCUUCGGAGUCUUCCUGAUGAACAGCAACGCUAUGGAGGUGACGCUGCAGCCGGCUCCAGCGGUAACCUACAGAACCAUUGGAGGAGUUCUGGACUUCUACAUCCUGCUAGGAGACACACCUGAACAGGUGGUCCAUGAGUUCCUGGAGCUGAUCGGCAAGCCAAUGAUUCCUCCAUACUGGUCUCUAGGCUUCCAGUUGUCUCGUUGGGACUACGGCAGUCUAGAUGAAGUCAAGAGAACAGUGGAGAGGAACCGAGCUGUCGACCUGCCAUAUGACAUCCAGUACACUGACAUUGACUAUAUGGAAGAUAAGAAGGACUUCACUUAUGAUGAAGUCAAAUUCAAAGACCUCCCUCAGUUCGCUGAUUACAUGCACGAGAAGGGACAGAAAUACAUUCUUAUAUUGGACCCGGCAAUAGCCAUCAGUAAGAGGAUCAACGGGCCGUAUGAGGCCUAUGACCGAGGAACACAGAAGAACGCUUGGGUCACUGAGGCUGAUGGGAAAACACCUCUAGUGGGAGAGGUCUGGCCAGGUGUGGCAGUGUUUCCAGACUACACUAACCCCAGCUGUAAAGAGUGGUGGACUGAUGAGUACGUCAGAUUAUCGAAAGAAAUCAAACACGACGCUCUGUGGAUUGAUAUGAAUGAGGUGUCUAACUUCAUGAAAGGCUCCAUCAAUGGAUGUGAUGACAACAAUCUCAACUACCCUCCCUUCACUCCUAGCAUCCUGGAUGGAGUGCUGUACAGUAAGACCCUGUGUAUGGACGCUAAACACACCUGGGGAAACCACUAUGAUGUCCACAGUCUCUAUGGAUACGCCAUGGUUCUCGCCACCAAAGAUGCUCUAGAGCGUGUGUUUGAGGGGAACAGAAGCCUGCUACUGACCCGCUCGUCCUUCCCUGGAGUGGGGAAGUACUCCGGCCACUGGCUGGGCGACAAUGCUGCAAACUGGAACGACAUCAAGUGGGCCAUACCUGGCAUGCUGGAGUUUGGCCUGUUCGGAAUCCCUUACAUUGGUGCUGAUAUUUGCGGUUUCUUUGACGACGUGUCAGAAGAGUUGUGUCGUCGUUGGAUGCAGGUCGGAGCAUUCUAUCCGUUCAGCCGGAACCACAACGCCCAGCAUUACAAGCCCCAGGACCCGGCAGCGUUCGGUGCAGACUCUCUGCUGUUGAACACCUCUAAACAUUACCUGAAUAUCCGGUACACCCUUCUCCCCUACCUCUACACCCUCUUCUACAAGGCUCACACUACCGGGGACACCGUGGUCCGGCCCGUCAUGCACGAGUUCUACUCUGACAGUAACACCUGGACAGUGGACCGCCAGUUCCUCUGGGGGAAACACCUGCUCAUCACACCUGUACUGGACCCUGGGGUGGAGUGGAUCCAAGCCUACAUCCCAGAUGCUGUGUGGUUUGACUAUGAAACGGAAGAGAAAAUUACAGUCCGUAAGCAGCAAGUUGAGAUGUACCUGCCUGCAGACAAGCUUGGUUUACACAUCAGGGGCGGAGCUAUUCUACCUAUUCAGAGACCUGCGGUCACAACUGUUUACAGUCGGCGUAACCCCAUGGGUCUGAUCGUUGCGCUCGAUGACAAAAACACAGCAGCAGGAGAGCUAUUCUGGGAUGACGGAGACUCUCGAGAUACCGUUGAAACUGGCAACUACAUGCACUACCAGUUCUCUGUUAACAAUGGCGAGUUGACCAUCCAGGUGAUGCAUUCUGGGUACAUUGACCCAAACAACCUGAAGUUUGAGAACAUCACCGUGUUGGGAGUCUCCAGUCCCCCCGUGACUGUCAAUGUUACCCACAACAACAACAAUGUCGUCGUAUCUACUUUCAAAUAUGACAUCAUCAAGCAGGUGUUGUAUCUGAGAGAUUUGAAUCUGACUCUGGGUCAGAACUACAUCGUGCGAUGGGACCAGAACAGAGAUCCAACGCCAGAGACCCAGCGCUUUGACUGCUACCCAGAGCCCGACAGUGAUGAGACCAAGUGUCGGGCCAGGGGCUGCAUCUGGGGGACGUCUGCCAAUGAAGGCGUCCCGUGGUGUUACUACCCUGAGGACUAUGGUUACACCGCUACCACGGUGGUAGAGCAACCUUCCGGCUGGAGCUUCGACAUCACGCGGAACGCUGGGCUCCGGAGCAGCGGAAGACCGGAAUCUCCAGACAUAAACUCUCUCAGAGUGGAGAUCAAAUACCACAGUGCAGACCUGCUGCAGUUUAAGAUCUAUGACCCUACAAAUAAGCGGUUUGAGGUUCCUGUCCCCCUUAAUGUCCCCUCCACCCCAGAGACAGAUGGGAACAAGAGACUUUAUAUCGUCCAGGUCCAAAAACAGCCUUUUGGCAUCCAGGUCACCAGAAAGAGCACUGGCACAUUAAUAUGGGACUCUGCGUUGCCAGGCUUUACCUUCUCAGAUCUGUUCAUCCAGGUGUCAACACGUCUGUCUUCAGAUUAUGUCUAUGGCUUUGGAGAGACAGAACACACCUCAUACAAACACGAUCUCAACUAUAAUACCUGGGGCAUGUUCACUAAGGACCAGCCUCCUGGGUAUAAGUUGAAUGGCUAUGGUGUGCAUCCCUUCUAUAUGGGUCUAGAGACGACCGCCGAUGCUCACGGUGUACUACUGCUGAACAGCAACGCUAUGGAUGUGACCUUCCAGCCAACCCCUGCCCUGACCUAUCGUACCCUGGGGGGCAUCCUGGACUUCUACAUUGUGAUGGGACCCACCCCAGAACUUGUGGUGGAGGAGUAUACUGCCCUGAUUGGACGUCCCGUGCUCCCUGCCUAUUGGUCCCUUGGGUUCCAGCUCUGUCGCUAUGGAUACGCCAACGACACAGAGAUAGCAGACCUCUACAGAGAAAUGAGAGCAGCAGGAAUACCCUACGAUGUGCAGUAUGCAGACGUAGACUACAUGGAGCGCCAGCUGGACUUUGUUCUGGAUAGCCAGUUCCAGGGUCUACCAGCCCUGGUGGACCACAUGAGAGGAGAGGGCAUGAGAUUCAUCUUCAUACUGGACCCUGCCAUCGGUGCCAAUGAGACGAAGCCCUACUCUGCCUUUGACCGUGGUGUAGAAGAAGACGUCUUCAUCAAAUGGCCCAAGGAGCUCAGCAAUGACAUCGUCUGGGGGAAGGUAUGGCCUGACUUCCCUGGUGUUGUAGUCAAUGAGUCUUUAGACUGGGACACGCAAGUAGAGAUCUAUAGGUCCUUUGCGGCAUUCCCAGACUUCUUCAUGAAUCAUACAGCAACGUGGUGGCAUAGGGAGAUUUCAGAUUUCUACAAUAAUACCAUGAAAUUUGAUGGACUCUGGAUCGACAUGAACGAACCAUCCAGCUUUGUCCAUGGAACCGUUGGAGAGAAGUGUCUGGGUCCCCCUGUCUACGACCACCCCCCAUACAUGCCACCCCUGGAAUCCAGCCACCGUGGUCUCAACCAUAAGACUCUGUGCAUGAACAGCCAACAACACCUCAGUGAUGGUACCCCGGUCAAACACUAUGACGUACACAACCUGUAUGGAUGGUCUCACACCAAACCCACAUACGACGCCUUGUUGAGUGUGACAGGCAAGCGGGGGAUAGUGGUGACCAGGUCUACCUACCCCUCCAGUGGGAAGUGGGCUGGACACUGGCUGGGAGACAACAACUCCAGCUGGGAUCAGCUCUACAAGUCAAUCAUAGGAAUGAUGGAGUUCAGUCUGUUUGGAUUUUCUUAUACUGGAGCUGAUAUCUGUGGGUUCUUCAAUCCUGCCAAUUAUGAGAUGUGUCUUCGCUGGACGCAGCUUGGUGCCUUCUAUCCUUACUCUCGCAACCACAACGGCAAGUUCAACCCUGUGAGUAAUCUAGCAAUCUACCCGUCCAUACAAUGA